AUGGGAACAGUAGAUUUGGCGAAUGAAUUGGCGCAAUGGGUAAUCCGCGCGGGUUUUCCCAAACAGGAGGAGUAUGAGAAUGGCAACUGGGCAACCACAGAACUAGAUGCACGCUCCGCAGAGCAGUUUACGGAAUAUUUACGGUGUACACUGGCGACUGAGGUGUUACUCCAGGUGUAUGGGAACACUGAAGACCAUAGGGAAAUAAUAGAGAAGGUCGAGCCACAAAUGCGGCAAACGCAUACAACAGGGACACAGCAAUAUGAGCCAGGGGUGUGUGAGGGCAGGGACUAUGGGGAGGCCAUAUUCGGAGUAGGAGGUAUUGGACCAAGCAUAAAGAAUAAGCUGGACGAAUGGAAGACAGGUUUCGCGCGACGCACCACAGGAACUACCCGUGGAACAGGGACGCCGUGUGCUUGGACAGACAGGGACGGGCACGAAAGUGAGAAGAAGUGCAAUGCAGCGGCUGGGGUGACAACCAAGGACUCUGACCUCAUGAAGGCCAUAAAGGGCGUGGUGGACGAAGGACACACCUUUCCGAACGUACAUAAGGUGUUACAGGACAUGCAACAAAAAGGGCAAUCCCAGGACAUAUGUCGACUAGAGAAGAAGAUAAAGAAGGGCGUCAAGAAAGUGAAGGCGAAAGUGAAUCCACCCAAAACUGUGGCACCACCCCCGCCACCGAAACCAAGACCACAACCUCCUCCAGCACCAAGACCACCGACACCACCACGGCCAUCAAGACCACCGAGGCCAUGA